CAAAGAAAUCAGAGGCCUACAUGCUUCCUCCAGUAUUAAACAGAAAACAUAUGAAAAAAGUAAAUGAUAGGAGGAAAGUCUAUUCCCAAUUAAAAUAACUUUAUUUGUCUAGACUGAUUCUUUGUCGUGGUGUCUAUUUUAGUUUGCUGUUUGAAUUGGCAAAGUCAGCAGAAUCUAGUGCCAUCUCUGCACCCAGCUGAUAGAGCAUGCAAGCAACAGCCAACAGCUCAGCAACCCUGAUACAGUCUGACUGGUUAUUUUGGUCUUCCAGGGGAAAAAAUGUGGUACUUUGAAAAGGAGCUGCAGCAACCCUGGUGGAUGGGCAGAGUGGAGAUGGAAGACAGAAGGAGGAUGAGCUACCGGCACGUUCAUGACCAAGCAGAAGAGGAGCUUCAGAACUUAGAGUGGUAUCAUGACAAUCUCACACGUCAUGCAGCAGAGGCUCUUCUUCUUUCCAAUGGCAGCGAUGGAAGCUAUCUCCUAAGAAAAAGCAAUGGCAGGACUACUCUUUUUUCGCUUUCUGUAAGAGCAAAAGAUUCUGUAAAGCAUUUUCAUGUGGAAUACACAGGGAAUUCAUACAAGUUUGGCUUCAAUGAAUUUUCAGACUUGAAAGAACUGAUCAUGCAUUUUGCGAAUCAGCCAUUAAUAGGUAGCGAGACAGGGACUUUGAUUGUAUUGAAGCAUCCAUAUCCCAAGAAAGUAGAAGAGCCUUCCAUUUAUGAAUCUGUGCGAGUCCACACCGCUAUGCAGACAGGAAGAACAGAAAUUGACCUCAUUCCCAGUGCUCCAUCGUUAGGGACUAAAGAAGGUUAUCUAACGAAACAAGGCAAAAUAGUUAAGAACUGGAAAACUAGGUGGUUUACACUGCAUAGGAAUGAGCUGAAAUACUACAAAGAUCAGACGUCCACAGAGCCAAUCAGAGCACUCGAUUUAACUGAAUGCUCAGCAGUGCAGUUUGACUAUUCCCAAGAAAAAGUGAAUUGCUUUUGUUUAGUAUUUCCAAUGCGGACGUAUUACCUGUAUGCAAAGACUGGAGUAGAAGCCGAUGAGUGGAUUAAAAUAUUGCAGUGGAAACUGUCCCAGAUAAGGAAAAAACGCCAGCGUGACACCACACUCAGGCCAUAGUAAUUUUGGCUACAAAUACUAACUGCAGAAACCAACAUCGGCUCGUAUUCAUACACCUUCAGAUUCGUUAUUCAGCAUUAAGAAGUGCUGCACCAGAUCAGAUCAGAGGUUUUUAAACUCUGCAGCUGCCGACUUGCUGACAACUUAUUUCUAGGAAAUUCUUAAACACUCUGUUAGAAGCAGAAGACGAUUACCUUGGAAGAUGGAUAUUCACCUAUUCAACGUUUCAUUAUUCUGGAUACGCCUACUAGUUACUGUUUGCUGCCAGGUUUUCACUAGUUCUUAUGUAAGCAGUUUCAAAGUACUUAGUUUCAUAGCAUGAACCUUAACUAGUUGCAAACCUGCUCAUCCCUGGCUGCCAUUCCAUAUGCUUCAAACCAUUUACACUCUGGUCUAUUAAGACACAUUACCUGCACAGUUUUUUUAAAAAAAUAAGUUUUCAUUUCAUCUGUGGCUUUGACUGUUAAGACUCGUCUGCUAAAAUCAUUUUCUCAGAACUUCUGUAAUUUUGACUUCCCUGAUGAGCAAUCAUUAUCGAUGAUUACUGCUAGUGGGACACGUUUCUAUGAGCAAGUAAGAUAUUUUUUUAAUAUUGGGAGUACAGGUAGCCCCCGAUUUAUGACAAUUUGUUUAGUGAUCGUUCAAAGUUAAAAUGGCACUGAAAAACAUGAGUCGUGACCGGCUCUCACACUUAUGAUCGUUGCAUCCCCGUGGUCCCAUGAUCAAAAUUUGGGCGCUUGGCAACUGGCAUGUAGUUAUGACAGCUGCAUUGUCCCAGGGUCAUGUGAUCACCGUUUGUAACCUUCCCAGCUGGCUUCUGACAAGCAGAGUCAAUGGGGGAAGUCGGAUUCAUAGCCGCAGUGGUUCGCUUAACAACUGUGGCAAAAAAGGUUGUAAAAUGCGGCGCAACUCACUUAACAACUGUUUUGUGUUGCAACAUAAAUGUUGGGUUCUAUUGUGGUCAUAAGUUGAGAACUACCUGUAUAUUGUGACAAAUGAGAUGGUACUUUAGAAGUCAGUUCCGGAAAGUCAGUUCCGAAGUCAGUUGGAAAAGCUGUUAGUACUGUGCUUUCUAAAGGCUGUGUCCAUGGCUCUCAUUCAUUAUUUACUGCAAGGUCUCAAAAUGCCACAGUGGAUAUUCUCCAUGCAGACAAAUCGAUGUAGCCAUUUUCCAAGAGAAACUGCACAUCUCAAGACACACGUAGAUGGCAAGAUGUGGCUUCAGCUACACUAUUUAAAUAUAUUUGCCCUAUAGUAGAAACUGGUAUCUUUCGGAAGCUUUACACUGAAUACAUAUCUGUGUUCUGAUCCUGGUUCAGUAUACAUUUUCUGCAAAUAUUCAGCAUACUUAAGCAUAAAGUCAUGGGAGAGCAUACCUCCUUUGCUAGAUCAUAAGAAGCCUGCAGAAUCAAAUCAUAAGUCUGCCUAGCAUUUUAUUACCUCCAGUUGUCAGCUAAUGUCUUUGGAAGGAUGAAAUAAAAUUUUCAGUUAGUGUAUGUAUUUGACAUAUUGUGAUGUUCUAUGCCACUAACUCAAACCAAUUCAAUAUAAUUUUAGAGGCCAGACAGCUUGGGUUUAAA